CAUCAGACAGGAAGCAGCAGCAGCAACAGUCCCACCAAAACCAGAACCAGAACCGCCUCUGUGACAGCAGUUUUAGGGGAAGUUCUCAGAAACACGGCGAUUCUAGAGUUUUCUUAGGACCUGGCUCCGAGCAGCUGACUACCUGGAGGAAGACGUGACCUCUGCGUGACGUGUUUCCACCACAUCUGCCUGAUGAGGACGUUUCUGAAUAUGCUGACCAUGGCGGGUCGGCGUGGCAGCGGCGGUUCUGUGUCCUGCGUGCUUCCUGCGGUGAUGCUGUGUCUCGCUGCUCUGCUACUCAGCGCCACGCUCUUGUACCUCCACAUAGACGCUGUUUAUCAGGUGAACGAGCAGCUCCUGUUUCCUCCGGUGGGAUGUUUGCCUGGACACUUCAAAAUGACCACCAUGAAAAACUGUUCAGCCUGGAUCCAGUGUCCACACAUCCAGGAAGACGUUCGCAGGCUGAAGCUGAUUGGUCAGGGAACAGUGAAGAAGGUCUACCUGGCAGAGUGGAGAGGUCACAAGGUGGCUCUGUCCAAACUGGCCUCUCUGGAUUACCUGGAGGAUUUCCUCCAUGGACUAUCCAUGUUACAGGCCUUACAGAGCCCGUAUGUGGUGCGUGUGGUCGGGUUCUGCCUGGAGGACCACAGCUUGGUGACAGAGUACCAUCCCCAUGGCUCACUGCUGAACUUGGAGGAUGUUUUGGAUCAGGAGCAGUUUCAGCAGCAGAACACGUGGUCUGUACGUCUAAGACUUGCCAUAGAUUACGUCAGCAUCCUCCAUUACCUCCACAACAGCCCUGCAGGCCGGCGGGUCAUGUGCGACUCCAACAGUCUGGAGAAAACUCUGUCCCAGUUUCUGCUGACCAACGACUUCCACCUGCUGGUGAAUGACCUGGAUGCCCUUCCAGAGGUCAACCCAUCCACGGGGUUGCUGGUGAAAUGUGGUCAUCGGGAACUCACCGGAGACUUCGUGGCUCCGGAGCAGUUGUGGCCUUUUAGGGAUACCGGGAAGCCGUUUUCAGACCAUCUCAUGCCUGAAUACAAUGAAAAGACGGACAUCUGGAAGAUCCCAGACGUGAGCCGGUUUGUGAUGGGAAGAGUUCCUGGAGGAGAUUUAGUCCACUUCCAUCUGUUCGAGGUCCAUGAGGAGUGUAAGAAGGAGGACCCCCAGCUCCGUCCGUCAGCUCUGCAGGUUUUAAACGUGUACCGGUCCGUUUACAGCUCCAUGGUCCGAGACGGUUCUGGUGUCAGAGACAUGCUGUAGUCCAGCAGGACAAUAAAACUCUACAUGUUGUUUUCUUCUUUCA